AUGUAUAGGUCAUUAGGGAAAAAGACAAUUGAAGCAUUUCGCAUUGUUUCACAUAACAUUCUCAAACAUGGAAUCACACCAACAAGUUUAAUUGAAGAAAGCAUGAAGAACAAUAUUGAAAUGCUUAUCACAAAUGCAGAACGAUGUAAUGCAGAAGGAGAUGAUAAAGAAAUAAUUAAGAUAGUAUUUAAUAAUACAUAUGGAAUGACAUUAAUUGAAGCAGGAAUUAUUAUUUGUAAAGACAAAACAAUAGAUGUGUUGAGAGAUAUUGGAGAGAAGAAAGAAGUUAUUGAAGGAUUAAUAGAAACAAUGAAAAGUCCAAUCACAGAAGUUAAAGAAAGUGCAGCACGAGAACUGAUUAGAAUGAAAUAUGGAGAAGGAGGAAUGAAAGAAGCUAUAUUUAAUGUUUUAACAUCAAAAGAUUACAAUAAAGAAGAAGAAAAAAAAUGUGUAAUGAAGGAAUUAAAGAAUGUGAUAAAGAAAGAAGUGGAAAAUAGAUAA